AUGUGCCCAUUCUUUUAAUACAUCUAUCGAAGAUCGACAGCUUUUCAAAACGAAACGGUGCCUUUUAUUCUGGCCUAUCGAGUGCAUCUUUUCUUCGAAGUUAACGACACCACAACCUUUUAUCUCGUGUGGAUAUACCAAGCUCCUGUUUUAUACAUGAGCAUAUGGCACACGGCAGCCAUCGGCUUCCUAUUUUCUCUGGUACUUCACGUUUGCGGCCAAUUAUCGGUCCUCUCGUUCAAAAUAAGAAAUCUUAAUUUGGACGAUCGGGGAAACAAUGAAGCUUUCAGAUCAAUCUUCCAGGAUAUAGUUGUAAGGCAUCGCAAAAUUCUUGAAUUAGCGAGGGAUAUAAACCAUGUGUUCGGGUUGAUUCUCCUGGAAGAACUUUUCUUGUCCACUAUUCUCAUCGGAUUAACCUGUUACGCUGUCUUAGUGAGCAUCGACACUGCUGACAGCGCGCAGGUUUUCUCAUUUUUACUUUACGGUUCAACGAUGCUCUUACUGGUUUAUGGCUAUUGCGCUGCUGGUGAAUAUCUCGUAACCGAAAGUACGAAUCUGUACACGGCGUAUUAUCAAUGCUUAUGGUACGACAUGCCAGAUUCCUUCAAAAAACAAUUGAUCAUUUGUAUGAUCGGUGCGAGCAAACCGAUACAACUGACAGCGGGUGGUGUCUACAUUUUCUCGUUGUUCAACUUCAUGAGUAUCGUCAAAACGGCAGCAGGUUACAUAUCUAUGUUACGAAAGAUGAUUUAGAACUUGGUUUUCGUAUGGUGCGAUCUCGAACGAUGUCGAAGAAAAAAACUAUUGUUGACAAAUAAAAUAAUCUUUGAAUAACCUGA